UUUCACCACUUGCGUGUCCCACUCCAUGGAAGACGUUAAAGAAUGUUCGUCAGUAGCCUUCUUAGCGCCACCAUCACAAAAGUCCCCACGCGGCAACUUCGCGUAAAGCAACCGAUGCCGCCGGGGCCUAGCCGCCAUUUUCCUUCAGCUGGCGCCUCCGUUUCGAAAACGCACCAGGCCCCGCCCCAAGCGAGAUUCCAGCGUCUUCAUUGGACGCCGUGUACCGUGGGCGGACACGCCUUCACACGCCCUUCCGCGCCGGGACCGGAUAACGUGCCUCAGAGGGAGGAAAUCAGCCUUUCUAUUGGUUAGCGUCAGGAAACUCCGCCUACGAGACAUUUCUAACCAAUGGAAGUGCAGCGUUCUUAAUUUAAACUGUAUAAAGUUUUGCGCAGUCAACGCUUAGAGUGGCGCCAGAGUUUUGAACGGCGUUUUGAGAGCGGCCGACCGAGCUCUGCGCGGUCGCCCGGACUGCAGAUCGCGAUGACCGUACCCUCGCUGGAGGAGCUAGACUCCUUCAAGUACAGUGACCUGCAGAAGUUGGCCAAGUCCCUGGGCCUCCGGGCCAACCUGAAGGCAGACAAGUUGUUAAAAGCCUUGAAAGCUCACCUUAAACAGGAAGCAAGAAUACAAAAUGAAAAUCAGGAUGUGGCAGAUGAAUGUCUGUCUCUCCAGGCUGAAAGUCAAACCUGUGUGUCCUCUUGUGACGAGAGUGAGGCACAGAUUAGAGCCCAGGACCACACUGAGAGGAAGAUGGUCGGCUCUGCCACCAAAGCACAGAGAAGGCGCCGGACAGCCCAGGGGAACCCGGACUCCCAGCAUGAUCAUUCAGAGUGGAAAAUGAGUGAGCCCACUGAAUUCCAGAAUCAGGAGCAGCAGGAAAACCAGGAUCUCAAAACUGCUGCAGAAGCGCCUCCUCCACCAGAUGAGAGCCAAGGAGAUGAGAAUGCAGAUUCCAUGGAAAAAAGCAGCAUAAAUGGCAAUGAAGAUUCAAAGAUACCUUCAAAAAGAAAGAAGCCUCUCCGCACAGAUGCUUUUUCGGAAGCUGGAAAAAAUAAUAAAACUGGAAGCAUUACUCCAAACUUUAAGAAGCUUCAUGAGGCUCGUUUUAAGAAAAUGGAGUCCAUUGAUCAAUAUGUUGAAAGAAAAAGAAAACAUUUUGAAGAGCACAGCAAUUCGUUUAAUGAAUUGAAGAAGCAGCCCUUUCGCAAGGGUGUGGCCGUGGCCCCGAUGAUGACUCCAGUUCCUCUCAGAGGAAGAUCCUCUGUGGCUUGUACUCCCGGCAGCCAGCGGCGCCCACAAUGCCGGUCUCAGGGCACUGACGGUCGGAACAUCUUGUGUCCGAAGCGGUCAGUCAAGCCCUUCGCAGUCUCAGCAACAAAAAUGAGUGUCAGGUUUUCAGCUGCUACUAAAGAUAACGAGCAUAAACGCUCACUGACCAAGACUCCAGCCAGAAAGUCUCCACAUGUGACCGUUUCUGGGAGUACCCCAAAAGGCCCAGCUGUGCUCGGGACCCACAAGUUAAAGACCACUAAGGCUGAACCUACUGCUGUUACUACCCCUUUCAAGGUGACAUCGGAGGCAGUGCAGACCCCCGUCUCCAAUAAGAAACCAGUGUUUGAUCUCAAAGCAAGUUUGUCUCGUCCCCUCACCUAUGAGCCACACAAAGGAAAGUUGAAACCCUGGGGGCAAUCUAAAGAAAAUAAUCCUCUGAAUGAACAUGUAAGCAGAGUGAGCUUUCAUAAGAAAACUUACAAACAACCUCAUUUCCAGACCAGGGAAGAGCAACGGAAGAAGCGCGACCAAGAACGGAAGGAGAAGAAAGCAAAGGUUUUGGGAGCUCGAAGAGGCCUCAUUAGAGCAGCAGAUUAAUAAUUUCUUAAUAUUCUGUAAAUAUUCUGUCAUUUUGUAACCUUUUCUUUGCUUCUGUAAAUAUUUUUAUGCUGUCCUCCUCUCUUUGAUCAAAAGACCUUUUUCUGCCCUGUGUUUGUAAUACAUGUAGUGUCUGUGGCCUCUGCCUUCUGCAUCUCUGAAAAGAUUUUAACACUCCAAAGCUGAAAAUAACAGGUUAAGAAUAGGGGAAGCUGGGACAGAAAGUCACAUCUACAUCCUCUAGGAUAGAGAAUCCAGUAACCUUAAUGAAACUUGGGCCGUGUGGUUUGGGUAUGACAUCAAUAGUUGACCUAUGUGAAAAAUGUUUUUGUUUAAACUUACAAGCACCUUUGUUCAGAUCAUUUCAUGUAACUGCCAUCUGUCACUCAUUAUAGUCUUAAAAACAAAACUAUAAUUCAUUCUAGCCUUGCUGAUUUAACAAUAAAAGAUACAGGGCCAUAUGGAAAUUUUCAGAUUGCUGCUUUAAGCAUCUUACUCAGUUUAUGGAAAAGACUAGAGUUGCUUAGCAUCAUAUCCAUGUUGGUUGCACCUCAGUGGAGCUUCUGAGUUUUGUACUGCUUAAGAUUUUCAUAAAUAAAAAUUUUUUCUCA